AUGAGUUUGAGUUUAGUCUUCAAUUAUAUUGUUCCUGAACCUCAAGAGAGAUUGUGCUCUCAAUGCGGAUUUGAUUCAGUAUUAAGUCAAGUCGUUUGUGUUUGUGGCAAUAAACCUUGUCCUUUUCCUUUCAGUCUACCUCCUCAAGCGAAUAAUGAUAACUCUAAUUUGGGGAGGAAUAUCGGCCUUCCCAUAGGUGGUGCAGUUCUUGCUGGUAUUGGUUUGAGAUGGUUGAUUUUCUACUGCAGGCAGAAGAGGAAGCUGACUGCAUCUACUCCAACCGCGAGCAAGGAUGACUUGACGCUUCUUUCCAUCAAGGAACCGUCUACGCCUUCUUCAACCAAAUUCACUAAAAGCAUCCCUUCAUAUCCACCUUCCAAAUCUAAUAUUGGUAGGGACAACUCGUAUUUUGGGGUGCAGGUAUUCAAUUACUCAGAAUUUGUAGUAGCAACCAAUAACUUUGAUCCGUCUAAAGAACUCGGUGAUGGUGGCUUUGGUACUUAUAUUAUGGGCGUGCUCUCUGAUGGUCGUGUUGUUGCUGUGAAACGUUUGUACGAGAACAAUUUCAAGCGUGUGGAGCAGUUCAUGAAUGAGGUUGAGAUCCUAACUCAAGUAAGACAUGUAAACCUUGUGGCUCUGUUUGGGUGCACAUCCAAGCGAAGUCGAGAAUUGUUGCUUGUUUACGAGUACAUUCCGAAUGGAACGGUAGCUGAUCACCUCCAUGCAAAUCGUUCUGCAUCUGGGUUGCUAUCUUGGCCUGUUCGGCUGAAUAUCGCCAUUGAAACCGCUGAGGCGCUUGCAUAUCUCCAUAAAUCGGAUAUCAUACAUCGGGAUGUCAAAACCAAUAACAUACUACUAGACAACGAUUUCCAUGUAAAAGUGGCUGAUUUCGGGCUGUCUAGAUUGUUCCAAAUAGAUGCUACUCAUGUCUCAACGGCUCCACAGGGGACUCCGGGCUAUGUUGAUCCGGAGUAUUGCCAGUGCUACCAGCUCACGGAAAAGAGCGAUGUAUACAGCUUUGGAGUGGUCUUGAUCGAGUUCAUAUCGUCCCUGCAUUCCGUGGACACCAACAGGCACCGCCACAACAUCAAUUUAGCCAACAUGGCCGUCAACAAGAUCCAAAAUCAUAUGCUGCACGAGUUGGUUGAUUCGACUCUUGGCUUUGAGACGAACACUACUGGGAGACGGAUGGCCACAUUAGUCGCGGAACUGGCUUUGCAGCAGGAGAAGGAUAUGAGACCCUCCAUGGAAGAAGUUUUGGAAGCUUUGAAAGGCAUCAAGAAUGAAGACUUGAAUGCUCACAAGGUUGAAAUUGUUGACAUUUUGGUAGAUGAUGAGACUGGGCCGCUCAAGAGCAGCGUUGCACCGCCCUCGCCGGACUCUGUUGCGGCUAGCGGCUCAACGCCCAAUUCUGGUGGGUGAGCUCACUUCUAGCUUUGAUGUUUUGUUUCUUACACAUAUAUUUGUUUCCUUUCAUGUUUAUGUCUAGCUAUACAUAGAGCGACAUGACUUUGAUAACAAGCUUUAGAGGAAUGUAUAUAGAGUAAAUGGACUGUGUGAA